AUGUUUUCUAAAUACAUUGAAAAGUUACUGCUUCUAAAUCUCAAAGUCCCUAAGUGCAAUGUUCACAGUAUGUCGCAAAUAUGCGAUACUAAUUGCAAAGAAGCACUUGGAAAACGUAUGAAAGUACAGGGUUGGGUUUGGGCAGUCAGGAAAAUGAAAAACAACAUUUUCGUUGAUAUUUCUGACGGAUCAACGUCAAAAGGGUUACAAGUCGUCAUACCGAAAUCUAACAAACUGGAUACAUUAAGUUAUGGCAGUAGCAUCAUGGCGGAAGGGGAGUUAACUUUGGCUCCAAAUGGUAGUAUUGAAUUGCACGCGAACGAUAUUACGGUAAUUGGUACAUGCGACGUUAUGGAUGGAUACCCUUUUGCUCCAAGAAAACAGUAUUCUGAGGAAUACAUUAGGCAGUAUUUGCACUUAAGGCCAAGAACUAGAACCUUCUCUAGUUUAUUGAGAUUACGAGAUCUAACAUCUGCAUCCAUUGGGAAUUACUUCAGAAAUAGGGAGUUCAUUAAUGUGCAUACUCCAGUCUUAACUUCAAAUGAUUGUGAAGGUGCUGGAGAAUUGUUUUCAGUCAAACCAUGUUCUGCAGAGAUAUUGCAAACUAUGAAAAAGGAAGGUGUUUCGGAGGAAGAAUAUUAUUUUAAUAGUAAGGCUUUUUUAACAGUUUCUGGACAAUUACAUUUAGAAGCUGUUGCAAGAGCUCUUACAAGGGUAUAUACAUUUGGACCAACAUUCAGAGCUGAGAAUUCUAAGUCAAGAUUGCAUUUAUCAGAAUUUUACAUGGUAGAAGCUGAAGUAGCAUUUAUCGAUAGUAUUGAUGACAUAAUGGAUGAAGUUGAAUUACUAAUCAAAUCUGUUACUAAAGAUGUAGUUGAAAAAGGUGCUCCUGACAUGCAUUCAUUUGGUUGUCAUGAACCACAAUGGUUGAAUAAAAAAUUUACACGCAUGACGUAUGAUGAUGCAUUUAAAAUAUUAGAAAAUAAUGUCCAGACAUUAGAAAAGCCUGCUACGUAUGGAACUGCAUUUUCCAAAAAGGAAGAGUUAUUUUUAGUAGAGCAAAACAAUAGUAUUCCUAUAUUUGUCACAAAUUGGCCCAAAGAAAUUAAACCUUUUUAUAUGAAAGCCUGUAAAGAUGAUGAUUCAAAGGUUGCUGCAAUGGAUCUUUUAGUACCUGAAGUAGGGGAAUUAGUAGGAGGGAGUAUGCGCGAAGACGAUUACAAGAAAUUAAAGUCGAAAUUACCUUUAAGAACAAAUCUAUCUUGGUACUUAGAACUUCGUAAAUAUGGCAAUGUUCCAACAGGUGGUUUUGGAAUGGGGUUUGAAAGGUUUUUACAAUCUAUUUUGGGCAUAUCGAAUAUUAAGGAUACACUGCCGUUCCCUAGAUGGCCUCACAAUUGCAAUUUAUGAAUAAAGAUUUUCGAAUUGUGUACUUGAUUCUUCCCAAACGUAAUAGCUAUUAUAUAAGUACCGAAUAAAAGCGACUGCAGGGAAAAAGUGAAGUACAUUUCUAUGAAACAAUUUUAUGGAUAAAUAUUUUCUGUUACAUUAUGUUUGUCUUUAAGAUUGAAGGCAAUAUUAAUUAUUCACUAUGGUAUGUAAAGAAAGCACACAUUUAUUCUGUUUAUUUAAGUGUAUUCAUAACAUCAGUGUUACAAAGCUUCACUAUA